GUGUUUGUUAUGCCGAGUUUGGAGUGCGGGUCCCAAAGACCACAGGCUCUGCCUACACCUACAGCUACGUGACAGUGGGGGAGUUUGUGGCAUUCUUCAUUGGCUGGAACCUGAUCCUGGAGUACCUGAUUGGCACCGCAGCUGGUGCAAGUGCACUGAGUAGCAUGUUUGACUCCCUGGCAAAUCACACCAUCAGCCGCUGGAUGAUCAACAGCGUUGGAACGUUAAAUGGCCUAGGAAAAGGAGAAGAAUCAUACCCAGAUCUUCUGGCUUUGGUUAUCGCUGUCAUUGUGACCAUCAUUGUUUCCAUGGGAGUGAAGAACUCUGUGGGAUUCAACAAUGUGCUCAAUGUCAUUAACCUGACAGUGUGGGUCUUCAUCAUGAUAGCUGGACUGUUCUUUGUCAACGGUGACAAUUGGUCUGAGGGGCAGUUCCUGCCCUUUGGAUGGUCAGGGGUGCUACAAGGCGCAGCUACUUGUUUCUAUGCUUUCAUUGGCUUUGACAUAAUCGCCACAACAGGAGAAGAAGCAAAGAAUCCCAAUACCUCCAUCCCUUACGCAAUCACAGCUUCGCUGGUCACGUGCCUGACAGCAUACGUGUCUGUGAGUAUUAUCUUAACACUGAUGGUGCCAUCCUCUGACAUUGAUACCGAAUCCCCUCUGAUGGAAAUGUUCGUAGCCCAUGGAUUCUACACUGCUAAGUUCAUCGUUGCCAUUGGAUCUGUGGCUGGCUUGACAGUGAGCUUGCUGGGUUCCCUUUUCCCAAUGCCUAGAGUCAUUUAUGCCAUGGCUGGUGAUGGGCUGCUCUUCAGAUUCUUGUCCCACGUAAGCUCUUACACGGAGACUCCAGCGGUGGCUUGUAUUGUCUCAGGAUUUCUAGCAGCACUACUCUCCUUGCUGGUCAGCUUGAGGGACCUGAUAGAAAUGAUGUCCAUUGGCACACUCCUAGCCUACACUUUGGUCUCUGUUUGUGUCUUGCUUCUUCGAUAUCAGCCAGAGAGUGACAUUGAUGGCUUUGUCAAAUUCCUGUCUGAGGAGCACACCAAGAAGAAGGAAGGGAUUCUAGCGGACUGUGAGAAGGAAGUUUGUUCUCCCGUGAGUGAAGGGGAGGAGUUUUCUGGCCCACCCACCAACACAUGUGGUGCAAAAAAUCUACCCUCCUUGGGAGACAACGAGAUGCUCAUUGGGAAGUCAGAUAAGUCCACCUACAAUGUCAACCACCCUAACUAUGGCACGGUGGACAUGGCCUCAGGAAUAGAGGCAGAUGAGUCUGAAAACAUUUACCUCAUCAAGCUGAAGAAGUUAAUAGGGCCACGUUACUACACAAUGAGGAUCCACCUUGGACUACCAGGGAAAAUGGAUCGGCCGACGGCAGCCACUGGCCACACAGUCACCACUUGUGUGAUCUUGCUGUUCAUCUUGAUGUUUAUCUUUUGUUCUUUCAUCAUCUUUGGUGCAGACUAUAUCUACGACCAUAGCUGGUGGGCUAUUCUUCUGGUGGUUUUGAUGAUCCUGCUCAUCAUUGUAUUGGUUUUUGUGAUCCUGCAGCAGCCAGAAAACCCCAAAAAGUUGCCGUACAUGGCACCCUGUCUCCCUUUCGUCCCUGCCUUUGCCAUGCUGGUGAAUAUCUAUCUCAUGCUGAAGCUCUCCAAAGUAACAUGGGUCCGAUUUGCUGUCUGGUGUUUUGUGGGUUUGCUCAUCUAUUUUGGCUAUGGCAUGUGGAACAGCACCCUGGAGAUCAGCGCCCGGGAGGAGGCCCUUCAUCAGAGCACAUACCAGCGUUACGAUGUUGAUGUUGACCCCUUCUCUGUUGAAGAAGGCUUUUCCUAUGCUGAGAAUGACAACUACCAGGACUGGGGAGCUUCUGAAGACAAAGGCUUCUCUUAUCAGCAGAUGUCGGAGGCAAAGGAAAGUAAUCGGACAAGUAGCAAAUCAAAAAGUAAAGGCAAACACAAACAGAAUUCGGAGGCUCUGAUAGCAAAUGAUGAGUUAGAUGUCUCGCCAGAGUAAGAGUCAUGGGAACCAAACCGUAAUGCGCCCUCUCACUAACCUGACCCAUGGGCUAGAAUGUGAAGGCUUCUCUGGCUCUCAUUGUAAACUCCAUCGUCCUCUAAAUUUCAGCGCCCAGAAUCACGUCCCUCACUCUCUCACUUCUUCUCCAGGAUAGUCCUGGAUUCUGAGGUUGUCACUUUCAACAAAACAAACAAGUGGCCUGUUCUGUGUCCAUCAGUCAUGUCCUGUUUUGGUGAAUUUUACCAAGGGGGCCAUCACUUGGAUGGAUUGAUCGACUAGCAGAUUCUUUCUGUGUCUAUUAAACCAUCAGCAUGCAUUAUACUGAACACCUGGCAGUACUGACAACAUGAGUUAAUGGGAGAUGUGCCAAAUAGGAUGAGCAUAUACUAAGUGAGCAGAGUCACGUGACCAGUUGAAUUGGUAAGGGCCUGAAACACAUUCUCUGUGCUUUCCAUAGAGAAUAUUUACCCCAUAAUACUGGCUUGAAGCUACUGUUAUAUAUUUGGCACUUUCUUAGCAAAUAUAUUUUUCCUUGAACCUUGUAGGAAGAAGAUCUUAGAUAGAUAGAUAGAUAGAUAGAUCCAGACUGAGGCAGUAAAAUAUUUCCAAGGAAAUCUCAGGAGUAGAUUAAAGGUAGAUCCAGAGAUCUUGGCCUCACAGAAUAACAUUUCCAACCUGCAUUUCAACCUUUGGAGAACAGUAUGAACACCAUGGGUAAGGAUGGGUCUGAACCAAAACCCCUUAAAACCAAAUAUCCCAACCUUGGGGAAUCACAAUCCAGUCUUUGUGGUUUGUAUCCCUUUCCCUAGGACAGGCUGAAUCAAAAUGAGAGAUCCCAGUGCAUUUGAACCUCCCAGAUCUGGAUCUAGACUUUGUAGUUUGUAUCCAUCCUUAGUCAUGAUAAAGGUCUCUACCCAGCUAGACUUAACCAUCCUUGUGUGACCCUCCAUUUCACCUGGCACUGUAUAUUUCAAGACUUGGACUCUGUUUCAAUCAUUAUGGGUCUAUUACCAAUUCACUAAUCUCUAUUAUUUCCCAUUAGGUAACUUCUGGAUUGUCAUUCAGAUUUAAGUCCUUCAGGGGAAGUUCCUAUUUGCUACUUUGUGACAUUCCUGCACCGCAGAAAUUUAGGUUCAUAAAAGCUGUUAACAUUCAUUCAUCACUGAAUGGUGUCUGUAGCCAGUCUGGAUGAGCCAGCCACUGACAUUUCAUUCCCUGCCAUAAAACUAUACUUCAUAUUAAGGAUUCUUAGUUUACCUAUGUUUUUGAGAUACUGAACUGUGGAACUGUUGGGUGAUAAUCUGAAAAAUAUUGAAGUGCAGUUACCUACUAUGGUUAACAGAUUCCAUAGUCUCCUACCCCACUUUGAAAUAAUGAAAUAGGUAAGGGAAAGAUGGGAGUUCAUGUAACACCAGGCAGGUUUUCCCAGGAGGUGGAUGGUUAUUGUGAGCUUGUGGGCUACAAACAGACAGCAGGCCCAACCCUGCAAUUUUCACAUCAACAAAAUGUCCAGUGAUGUCAUAUCUAAUCAGAGCAGACUAGAAUAACCUCAUUUGUGAUGUUACUCCAUUAAACAUUAAUUCUGGGAUGAAUUUGGCAUACUGUGUCCUUUCCGAUCAACAUAUAAGACAGAAAAAAAAAGGUUAGCUAAGCUCAAGCAGAAGAUAUCCUUAUAAAUUAACUAAACAAUUCUUAGCAACAGUCUUACAUCCAUGAUUUUGUAUGUUUAUUAAUAUAUUAAUAUAUAUUAUUAAUGUACCAAAUGAGACCAUUGGCACUGCUAGGCACAAGUACAAAAUACUACUACACAUACUAUUAAGCCUUCAGUGACAUAGAGUCAAAAUGAAACACUCCUCCUCCUAAC